AUGAAAUAAAUUGACAAAUACUCUUAUAAUCCAAAAGACCUGCUUGGGAUGGGAUCUACUGGAACAGUAAAAUAUUUAUUGUAGAAUAUAGGUUGUAAAAGCUAUUGAUGCUAAGAAGAAUCAAUAUGCUUUAAGAAUAAUAAAAAAAAAUAGUAUAACAGACGAUGAAGGUCUGUAAUGUGCAUUGUUAGAUGAAAUUAAAUUAAUGCAAUAAUUAAAACAUCCAAAAAUAGUUUAACUUGUUGAAGUAAUACAAACAGAUAAUAAUUAUUAUGUUGUUAUGGAACUUUGUAAAUAAGAUCUACAAACUUAUUUAUAAUAAGUUCAUAAAUUACCUGAAUCUGAAUGUAUUAAACUUUUGAUAGAUAUUCUGGAAGGAUUCACAGAAUUAAUAAACCAUGGAAUAAUUCAUAGAGGAUUAAAAUUGACAAAUAUUAUGUUAACAGAUAAAGGUUAUAAAUUGGCAGGUAAAAAUAAUUAGUAUAUUGAGAUUGUGGAUUAUCAAAAUGUAUGGAAAAUUUCAAAACAGACUAAUCACGUAAGGAUGAAGAUUUUAAGUUCCAUUCUCCUUAAGUUUUGGCAAAUAGUAAAUAUACUAGUAAAUGUGAUAUUUGGUCAAUUGGAAUGAUAUUAUACAAUGUUUUAUAUGGAUAUACAGCAUGGAGUGGUGCAAGGAUAGAAUAAUUGUUGCAUAAUAUAGAGCAUAAAUUGUUAGACUUUCCUGAUGACUAAACAUCAGUGAGUGAUGAUAUGAAAUAAUUUAUAGAAGGUUGUUUGACAAUGGAAGAAGCAGAAAGAAUGAAUUGGGAUGAAGUAUUUAAACAUAAAUUGGUUAAAGAUAAUUUUAAGAAUUAUCAAGCACAUAUAAAGGAAGAAUAAAUCAAGUUUUUAAUGAAUGAAUUAAGAUAGAAAAUUAUAAAGUAAAGUUUGAAUAUUCGUACUUUAUUUUAAGAAUUUGAUGAAAAUGGUGAUCAAACAUUAUAGUUUUCAGAAUUAGUUCAAUUAUUGCAUACAAUUGAUUAAACACUUAGUCGUUAAGAUUGUUAAGUUAUAUUUAAGAAAUUGGAUUUAGAUGGAGAUCAUUCUGUAUCAUUAGAGGAAUUUGAAAAAUGGAUAACAGAUAAUAAUACAAAAAUGGCAGUAAUUUCUAAAGUUAAAGGUCGUUAAAAUCAAAGAGUUGUGAGUAAUAAAUAGAUACCAUCAUUAAAAAACAUUUAAAAUAAUCCUGGAAAACAAAAAGAUAUGGAUCCUAGAAAUUAAUAUAUGACAUAAUAACCAAUGUUAGGUUAAUCUUAAUCAACACCUCAUAUGAAUUAAAUGACAAUUUAAUCAAAUAUGUUUGAUCCUGAUAUAACUAUUUCAAAAUUGUAAUUAACAAUUUAAAGAUUUAAUAUAAAUGUUCAUGAUUUAUUCUAAAAAUUUGAUUAAGACCUUGAUGGACUUCUCAAUUUUUAAGAAUUUGCAUAAUUAUUGAUGUAAAUAAAUUAAAAAAUCAUUUUAGAAAAAUACAAAGAAAUGCAUAACCUUAAGAAUUGCAUACAAUAUUCAAAAUAUUUGAUUUAAAUGAUGAUAAUUUUAUCUCAUUUAUAGAAUUUAGAUAAAUUUUGAAUUUGUAUCAAGAAAAAAAUUAAAAACAAGAAGCCAAAUUUUUCAAUACUUAUUAGGUUCCUUAAUAUAAAAUUCAAUAGGGUCCAAUUUAGUAAAUGGGAACUGUGGGUUAAUUAUACUAAACAAGAAAUUAAUUAUAUCCAGAAAUGCUUUGA